UUAUUGACACAAAAGAAGUUGGGGCCCAACCAGAUGGGUGAAGUGCGCUUUCGGAUUCCAUCUAUGACCAAGGCUUACUACAAGAGGCCAAAAGAGACAGCUCAGCUCUUCGACGAAGAUGGCUGGUGCAGGUCAGGAGACGCUGGAUAUUACGACAACGAUGGAAGGGUGUACAUAGUCCAGCGGCUGAAGGAGAUGAUCAAAUGCUUGGACAAUCAGGUGGUGCCUGCUGAGAUAGAAGAACUGGUCUUCCAAGAACACCGGCGGGACAUCUCAGAAGUGGUCGUCGUAGGACUGACUCACGAUGAGUACGGAGAAGCGCCAGCUGCUUUCGUCGUUCUCAGGGAACGAAGUUCGCAGCAAUAUGACGAAGAACUUGCGGAGAAGAUAAAGACCACCGUUUCAGAUCACCUCGCUGUGCACAAGCACCUCCACGGCGGCGUGUUUUUCAUGAAGUCCCUACCGAGGACGGAAACCGGAAAAGUGAGCCGUAAAGCUCUGGUGGAAGAAGGCGCACGGAUAGCUUUUCAGUGUGGCACCACACACUGCGUGUGACUACAGAGAUCGUAUUCCCCACAGCAGAAGCCAUCGUCGGACACAGGCCGACUUAUGAAUUGCGCCAAAGAGCCAUUUCAGUAUUAUUCAAAUGUAACCUCCAUUCUCUUUAGUAAGGUUUUUCUUCCUCCGCCGGGUUCUUCUUUCUUGGUGUUUUCGUUCGUUCUCGGCUUUCAAUAAGCCGCUUAACUGUUCUCUGCUUCGGUAUUCCGGGACUAACGAUGCUGCAUGUCAAUAAUUUGAACUGAAUUUAUUUACAGAUAGACAUUAGCGGUUACAAAACGGGUUCACAUUUACGAAUGCGGCUGAGCAACGCCUCGGAGCAGUCCGUCUCUCCGAUCGGGCACCUGACG